UGUUUUCUCUGUGUAAUCGAUAAUUAUGUCCACAUUUGAUAUUUUUUAGCCAAUUUUGAGCGAAAUACACUAAUAAUUCUGUAAUAUUGCUUUGUGAUGUGGUGUUUAAUGGUACGUUUAUAGCGACCUCGUUGCAUUUUAGACUAAUUAUGUAGGGAAAUUAAAUAUUUUAUGGCAUUUCUAACAUCCAUGACAUUGCAAUAUUACACAUUAUAGGAUAUAAUCUUUGUUUUUACUGUCAGAAAGUAUGUCUGUAACAGUCGGUUCAACCUGUAGAUAGCUACUUAAUAUAUGGUGGCCUAGUUGAAGUAUAUUUCAUUAAAGAAGUGUUUCAUUAAAGGUCCAGUGUGUAACAUUUAGGAGAAUCUAUUGGAGGAAAUAUAAUGUUCAUAGGUGUGACCUCCGGUUUAGGAUGUGCCUGUAGUCGACGCCGAGGGUAAAGCAGCCGUCAUGCCGUGUUCGUGCGCAGAGUGGAGGAGGUGGAUCCGCCCGCUGGUUCUGGUUCUGUACGCUCUCCUGCUGGUGGCCGUGCUGCCGCUCUGCAUCUGGGAGCUGCAGAAAGACAAGGUUGGGACUCACAGUAAAGCCUGGUUCAUUGCAGGCAUCUUUGUCUUUCUGACCAUCCCAAUUUCACUGUGGGGGAUCCUGCAGCACAUUGUGCACUACACCCAGCCUGAGCUGCAGAGACCGAUUAUCAGAAUACUAUGGAUGGUCCCUAUCUACAGUUUGGACAGCUGGCUGGCUCUGCGGUAUCCCAGUCUGGCCAUCUACGUGGACACAUGCAGGGAGUGCUAUGAGGCCUACGUCAUCUACAACUUCCUGGUGUUCCUGUUGAGCUUCCUCAGCAACCAGUACCCCAGCCUGGUGCUGAUGCUGGAGGUCCAGCAGCAGCAGCCACACCUGCCCCCGCUCUGCUGCUGCCCUCCAUGGCCCAUGGGAGAGGUGCUGCUGUUCAGGUGUAAGCUGGGAGUCCUCCAGUACACUGUGGUCAGACCUGUGACCACCGUUAUAGCGCUGAUCUGUCAGCUCUGUGGGGUUUAUGAUGAAGCCAACUUCAGCUUCAGAAACGCCUGGUCCUACCUGGUCAUCAUCAACAACAUAUCACAGCUGUUUGCCAUGUACUGUCUAGUGCUGCUGUACCGAGCUCUCAAAGAAGAGCUGACUCCCAUCAGGCCUGUGGGCAAGUUCCUCUGCGUCAAACUGGUGGUGUUUGUCUCCUUCUGGCAGGCUGUUUUCAUAGCGUUUCUGGUGAAGGUCGGCGUGAUCUCUGACAAACACACCUGGGACUGGGACAGUGUGGAGGCCGUGGCUACCGGAUUGCAGGACUUCAUCAUCUGCAUAGAGAUGUUCCUGGCUGCCAUCGCUCACCACUACACCUUCACCUACAAACCAUACGUACAGGAGGCAGAGGAGGGGUCAUGUUUCGACAGCUUUCUGGCCAUGUGGGAUUUCUCUGACAUCAGAGCGGAUGUCACAGAACAAGUCCGCCAUGUUGGUCGUACUUUCCUGGGUCGUCCCAACAAGAUGUACUUCGGUACGGUAGUUCGACCCGAACACACUGAGCACACCGGCCUCCUCACAUCGACCUCCCAGGACCCCGUCGCCGCAGCAGCCACAUCGAUGCCCUCCUCCCCCUCCUCGAGUGGGCGGUACCAGGGCCUUGGCCACACCACCGCCCCACACUCUAUCUCCGCCCCUGCAGGGUUCACCUCCUCUUCCUGGGAUGACGACAGCGACUCACCUGAGGCAGGUGACAGCCAAUAACAGGGUGACACCACUGGAAGCACAUAGCCAGGGGUGGGAACUUCAAUCUCUCUUUAUGUCCUUUGCCCCCUUGUUUUGAUGUGCUUCAUAGCUAUGGACAAAUAAACUCUAAGUUCUGUAAACUCAGAAUAAAAAUGUAAACAUGGACUGAACUCUGAAUGGUUUUCAUCAGGAUGAAGCAAAGGAAAGCAGAGAAGAGAAAGAGUCGUCACUCUGUGAUGUCAAAGCCAUGUCAAAUGUAUUUUUAAAAUAAUUACCCAGUUUUAAAUGUUUUAAAUCUGUAUUUUAAUGUCUAAUGAUGUCAUUUUGAUAAAUGUAUCUCUGACUGUUGAAAGAAUAUUUGAUGUUUUCAUCAGAGUGGAAGCAGCUUGUUGGUUUUACACUCCCACGGUGUUGAAGUGUCCUUGAAGUAGGUUUAACCAUUUGUUUUAAUUCAUAAUAAAGGAACAUGCCAUAUCUAAUCACCAGAAAA